AACAUACGCCUUUCUAUUUCCACGUUCUCUCUAUAUUAUUCUUUCCCUUGAAAACAUAAAACUUUAACCCCUAAAAUUCAAUCAAGGAGAAAGAGAAGAAGAGAGAACAAAAAAAAAAAAAAACCAGAAGCAAUGUCUUAUUCUUCCCUCAAAUUGCCAAUCUUGUUCAUUCUCUCCUCUCUUCUCCAUGCCGCUUUAGGGGAAGAAAUAGUUUGCGAGAAUCUGCCCACGAAUAUGUGCGCGUUCUCAAUAUCGGCUUCGGGGAAAAGAUGUUUAUUGGAGACAGCUAACGUCGCCGGAGAAUACACUUGCCGGACUUCGACGGUGGAGGUGGAAGGGAUUGUAAACCACGUGGAGAGCGAUGCUUGUGUAUCCGCUUGUGGAGUUGAUCGGAAAACCGUAGGGAUCUCGUCGGACACAAUGAUGGAGGCAGGAUUCGCCGCUAAGCUUUGCUCGCCGGCUUGUUUGGACUAUUGCCCUAACAUUCUUGAUCUCUAUUUCAAUCUCGCCGCCGGUGAAGGUGCAUUUUUACCUGAUCUGUGCGAUGCUCAACGGAUAAAUCCCCGCCGUUCAAUGCUGGAUAUCCUCAGCUCCGGCGCCGCUCCCGGCCCUAUCUCCGAUGUCUCAUCGCCUGCUCUAGCUCCGGCUCCUAUGUAAAAUUAAAUGGUCUUAAUUUCACGUGUGUUUCAUGAUUUAAUUAUGUUUAACAUUUUGAUUGAUGAUGAUCCAUAUAUAAUGGAUCAUCGUAUCUUACAUUUAUAUGAAUUGUUUCAUAUGAGAGAUGAGGAUACAGAGUGAGUUUGAUUUUUGGUUCUCGGUUUCUUAACAUU